AUGUUGAUUAGAAGACUGAAGUUGGGUACACCCUCAUGUCCGGUUUUCUACAGCCUGAUCAAGGCUCACAAGUUGUCCAAUGGGGGUGAAAAGUCAGUGAAUGCUAGUGAUUACAAAAUUAGACCCAUUAUCAGCGGUGUAGGAGGACCAACGGACCGUAUUUCCUGGUUCCUCUACAAAAUUGUUGGUCAACUACUCCGAUAUGUACCCUCACAUUUGCCUAACACCAAUGAAUUUCUUGAUCGCCUACGUUCAUGUAUGCUUCAAGAGAACUGCGUAGUAGGAUCAUUCGAUGUGACUGCGCUUUAUACGAACGUCAACAACAACGAAGCUCUCCAAGCGGUCUCCCAAAUGCUGGACGGGCAUGAAACAGAAAUUGUGACGUUUGGGUUGAGCAAGGUUCAUAUUAUGGCUCUGAUCAAGGAAUGCCUUAAUUGUAAUAUUCUCAAAUGGAGCGGACAGUUUCCAUGUUCGGUCUUCUUGAAACCUGGGCAUGUCACAUAA